AUGACCGAACCUGCUACUCAUCAUCUGCUCAACGCCACCGCUACUGCCAUUCACCAAUCCGCUUCUUCACCCGCCGCUGCUGCUGCUUCGCCUUCGUCCUCUGGCUACCUCUCCUUCCUCAGUCUUCCUUUCUCGGCUGAUGCCAUAAAGGGUUUUGGCGGCAUGUUUGCAUACAUAGGCUCACGCUGGGCCCUGGCCACCUUUGCCAUUUCCAUCUUCCUCAACCGCACCCACUUCUACGCUUCGUCUCGUCAGAACCUGAACCCCCGUUGGCACACCCGUCUCCUCCUAUACUCGGCUCCAAUCUUACUCCUCUCCUACCACAUCUUAUCUAUCCUUCAAGCACUCAAAUGUCAGACGUUUCCCGACUACCCUCUGCUACGAUAUGGCGACCCAAACAAGCACCUGGCCAUCAACUUUGGUGGGGAAGGUGGUUUUGUAUACGAAUUCAGCUCCAAGCUGUUGUUCUGGAAGUCAGAUGCUGAAUGCUGUCGCGCAAUGAACAUGGCUCUUGAGGACGACAAGUUCCUCGAUGUCAUGGGCUCUUUCUCGCUUCUCUGGCCCCUUUUUCUGGCCCUUUGCUUCAGUCAGUUUAUCGAAACACUGAGCUGUGCUCUCCAAGGAAGGCAGCCCUUGCCUGAGACUGGCAUGACAACCUUCGAGCAUUCUCUGGCUUUUGCUGAAUCAGAAGCAAUGCUUACCAACGCUAUUGGCUUGAGCGGCUUUGGUCCAGCCGACUCGACCUCGCACUCCCGCCCUAUCUCUGACCCAUCCGACCCUUCAGACCUGUCUACUAUUCUGUUGACCAAGUCUAUGGUUCUUCAACGCCUCAACGUUCCUUCCGAGGUUUUACUCAUCGCUUUGAUUUCUUGCAUGAGCCACAUCAGUAGUGCCAUCCUCGCCAUCACUGGUCGAAGACACCAACUGCGCCUUGUCAAUACGGCUAUCUGGGCCAUAUGCUACAUGGCUGCUUUCUGCUGGAGCUUUGUCAAUGCUCUCUCGAGCCCUCUCGGCUCGCAAGAUGUUAGCAUUCUUCGCUUCCCGACCGUCUGCAUCAUUGGCUUUAUUCCUCAUAUGCUCAUCAUUCUAGGCAUUCUGGUAUGUUCAUCAAUUUACGGCGUGGCUCUAUUGCUCAACGCAAUAUCACUUCCGCCAAGCGCACCACAAAAUCCCUCGCUCAAGGAGCGCUUUUCGAUUGCUUUCAACAACAUGCAAGCCAAUGUUCAAUUCUCGUCUGUCUCAUCCAUGAGGCUGAGUUGGAGUGAAGACUUUUACACCGUUCUGCUGAAAAUUGGCUUCAAUGUUCUUACCGCCGCAAGUGAGUCUGUCUUCCUCAACGAAGGAAGCAAAAUUCAAAUCCAUGCCAUGACCUGGCUCGAAGAAGAGCGAAUGCAAGAAUUCACUUCCAUGCUGGAAGAUCGUCGCCGAGCGAGUCUGGUCCCCUCUGACUUGCUCGAUGAACGUAUUGCGAGAGGUCUCAGCUUCACUGACCACAAGACCAUGCCCUCGACAUCAGGCUUUGCUGUCGAGCGAAGAUCGAAGUCUUCCACUGAACCCAAGAAUAGUAGAGCCUUGAACAAUGAUAACGGACUCGGGAUCGCAGAACGUCGUGGUAGAUGGCAACUCAGUUUCGAAUUCCUGAAGGGUCUGUUCUGGUUGCUUAUCCGCAUCAACAGUCGUCUUGCUCUGACUUGUCUCUCAAGGAUGGGUAUUGAGAGAGUGCCCCAAUGGCUGACCAGGGGCGCCGAUUAUGGGCGGCCAGCCGCUGCUCCUUCAUCUUCGAGAACGCGGAACGGACAACGAGCCUCGACACCCGACUUUUGGCUAGUUUCUGACAAAGGUGUCUUAUCUUUACCACAAAAUGGUAACAUCGAUGUCGAAGUCGAGAUGCGCAGGCGACUGCAGGCUCCUACAGGUCAUGCACCAGAAGAGGAUGCAGUGGAUGCCGAUCUGUAUAACUGGUGGAAACGUGGUGGAUGGUGGGGAGAUCUGGACACCAGCGGUACUUACGAAUCUCGAGAGCAAGAUGAUGAUACAACCAGCAUGAUCUCCAUGUCAUCAAGCGCUCUCAGCGAAGUCGACUCUGAGGACGACAGCGGCAGAAGGACCCCGACGCAAGAUGACUACAUCCAUAGUCGCGAGCCGACCCCUGCAACAGGCUUCGACGUGGCAGAUCUAGCUCGACUACUGGACCCAAAGACAGCAGCAGAUAAAGAAGAAGCACAAAUGCUCGCACGCCAUCUUCAAAGCGAAAAGCCUGUGACACGCUCACAGUACCGUCAACGGAUGAACCGUGAAAAAGCACGAGUGCUGGACGUCCCAUACCUCGAUUCAGCGUUCAGCGAAAGUACAGAAGGUGCCUCAGGUUCGAUGGCCGAAGCGGAAAAUCUCGAGAGAUUCCUCCUCGAACGUCGUCUCGCCAAACGCCCCGAAGCGGCUGGAGGUGCUGGUUCCUGGGAUUCUGGCGCUGAAGGCAUGGGAUCGAGUGGACCGCAGUGUGUCGUCUGUCAGAGUAGCCCUCGUGUCAUCGUUGCGUGGCCCUGUGGUUGUCUCUGUGUCUGCGACGAGUGCAGAGUGGGCGUGGCUACGAGGAACUUCACAAAAUGCAUGUGUUGCAGGACUAAAGUGGUUGCGUACUCCAGGCUCUAUGUUCCUUAG